GCAAAUUGACCAGCCCACUGGGAAGAGAAUCAAAACUCUCCACACCACGUAUUGCAAGUGGCCUUUGAUUUCUAUUUCAUGCCUACUUAGGUUGAUUGUAGUAAACUCUUGUUGAGCAUUUCAACAUGAGCCUUGAGAGUACCUACUUCGUAAGGUAGUAAGUAACUGCCUACUGCCUACUGCCUACAGGUACCUACCUACCUAAGUGGUAGAGGGCCAGCAGUCGCCUAUGGCCCCACUGCUGUAAUGCAUCGCUAGCACGGUUCUUUUUACCCCACGUCAGAACCCCACGUUCAGCUAGCUACUAGGCGAGAGCUGUAGUUUAUUUUUCCAAUAUCAGAAGUGCAACAAGACAAGAAGAUAGACGAGCAAUUCUGGCCCUAGAUAUUUUCUUAGAUAUAGAACCUUAUUUUUCUUUUCUUUUUGAAACAACAGCUAUCGCCAUGGAGGAGACGCUAGAAACGAUCCAGGCGCGGCAUCGCAAAGAACAGCGGGACCUACAAUCACGCAUCACGAGCAAAAAGAAGAACGCAACGAAGAAGACGAGGAAAGGCGUCAACGACGAGUGUGCGGCGCUUGAGCGAGACCUCAAGGAGCGCCAGGAACUCGAACUCGACGCGCUAAACGGAGACAAAGAUGUCGACGAGCAAGACGGGGGAGAAGAGCCCAACGGCGUCACGACAGAAAAUGAAGGCAGCACAAACGAGACAGCCACAGACGUAAAUCACAUCACGGAUCGCUUGAAAGAUACGAAGGUAUCCUUCGACCUACCGUCCUCAGAACCCACCACACAAAACCAAGACGGCGGCGGCGGCGGCAAGAAGCGCAAUCGCCAGAAAGACCGUCUAGCACGGCGCGCCGCGGAGCGCGAACUAGCCGCCUCGGCCGCCUCGCAAGAAGCGGCAAACAUGACGGACCACAGGGACAUAGAGCGGCGGGCUCUCGCGCAGACGUUCAGCGCGCACGGGCUCGCGGAGCACGAGAUCGCGCCCGACGGGCACUGUCUGUUCUCCGCGGUCGCGGACCAGCUAGGGCAGCGGGGGAUCCCGAUCUCCUCGACAACCUCUGACUCUAUGAUCAAUGACGAGGGAAACGGGGACGAGACGCGGCAGCCUCCGUAUAGACUCGUGCGAAAGGUAGCGACGUCGUACAUGGAGGCGCACGCGGAUGAUUUCGCGCCGUUCCUGGAGGAGCCGCUUGCGAGCUACGUCUCGAAGAUCAGGGACACGGCCGAGUGGGGGGGACAGCUUGAGUUGCUUGCGCUGGCGAGCGCGUAUCGGGUUGAGAUCAGGGUUGUGCAGAACGGGCGGACGGAGACGAUACGGCCGGGGAAUAGUGAUGGGGUUGGCGUCGGUGGAGGGGAUAAUGGGAAGGAGGGGGAUAGGACGAUCUGGCUUGCGUAUUAUCGCCAUGGAUAUGGUCUUGGAGAGCAUUAUAAUUCGUUGAGGAAGAAGGGGUGAGAUGAUAGAGUGUGUGUUAUACCGGAAUAGAGAUCUUCUGCUCGUAGACCCGUUGGUGGAUGUUAUUCACCGGACUUCGGCUUCUGUCGAGCUAUGCGUAAGAGCUGUGAUCAACAUAUACCUUCUCAUGCUAAGGUACAUAUUAAUGUUGCCGUUCUGACAUUUCACCUGCAAGCUAACGAAUUUCCAAAGACCCUGGGUUUUAUUGUUCAUAUCCUAUUCUCUAUUCACUGAACAUUCUUGUCCCCGAUAGCUCUGCAUCUCGUACUGUUCCGUUUGGAUUCUUAUAUCUACAAGGGCCGAUGCCUAAGGACCGAAAUCAGUACAUAGUUCCGAUUUAUUCGCUCCCUAGUAACAGGAGAAAAAGAAUCACGAAAGGGGAAGAGUGAAACCAAAAGGGAAAAAGAGAGUUCGGCCAACGAAGGAAUCGAACCCCCGGUGCCUAGCGCUGCAGAGUAAGGAUGAUAAUCGCUGUGUAUAACGCUUUAUACUUCGCUAGACCGUACCAACUCGGCCAC